AUGUUUACACCCACUAUCAGGGUUGUAACAAUUGGCGAUCAGGACAGUUCAACUUUUGCGGUGCCAACACCAGCUAUUGGAUGUUGUGCCCCACCUAUCGUGCACAUUCUACAGAAGAGGAGGAGUAUGAGGAGUCUCAGUUGUGGAGUUAUGGUAGUGGUUCGAUGUGUCGUACUAAUGACUAUGGCCAUCGUUUCCUCCUUUUGA